AUGCGAGACCUGUCUCUGAUCCCCAGGCACCUUACCCUGUGCUCGGUCUGCUCUCUCGCUGCAGGUCUCCAGGUCGAUGAGAACCUCCAGUUAAUGCUGGUGGGCUCACUGAUGAGGAAAGUCAAAUCCAGGAACUGGAAACGGCAACGAUAUUUCAAACUGCAGGAUGACUGUAUGAGCAUCUGGUACAAAUCGAAAAAAACCGGGAACCCUAAAUCUACCUUCUCGAUCAGUGACAUUGAGGCCGUGCGUGAGGGUCACCAGUCCGAGAUCCUGCAGAGUAUUGCUGAUGAGUUCACAGCUGACCGCUGUUUCACCGUGGUUUUCCGGGGAAGACGAGCAAACCUGGAUCUAGUGGCUGACUCUGCCCAGGAGGCGGAUCACUGGAUCCAGGGAAUCCGCAAACUCAUCGAGAAUGUCAAAAACAUGGACCAGAAGGAGAAACUCGACCAGUGGAUCAGUGAUUGGUUCCAGAAAGCCGAUAAGGAUAAAGACGGGUGCAUGAACUUUAAGGAGGUGCGGCUUCUGUUGAAGAUGAUGAACGUCAAUAUGAAUGAGGACCACUCCCUGAGGCUCUUUAAGAUGGCCGACAGGUCACACUCAGGAACACUGGAGGGCGACGAGUUUGUUUUGUUUUAUAAAGCUCUGACUCAGCGCGAUGACAUUCGCCGACUCUUCAACGAAUUCUCCAAGGACAGGAAGAAGCUGACCCUCCUAGAGUUUGUAGAUUUUCUGAAGUACGAGCAACUCGAGCAAGUGGAGAACUUGGAGACAUUUGCCAUGGAUCUAAUUGCCAGAUAUGAACCGUCGGAGACAGCCAGGAACCUCCACGCCAUGACAUUAGACGGAUUCCUCAUGUACCUGUGCUCUCCUGAUGGCUCCAUCUUUAACCCUGAACAUGAGGCUCUGUAUCAGGAUAUGUCACAACCUCUCUGCCAUUACUUCAUCUCCUCAUCUCACAACACGUACCUGAUGGAGGACCAGCUGUGUGGACACAGCAGCGUGGAGGGCUACAUCAGGUAUGAGCACGGCUUCACCAACGCAAAGGCAGAAUACUGC